AUGAAACUAUCUUUGGUGGAGACACUCGCACGAUUCGAGAAGGACGUGAAGCGAACCGACAUCAGGUUCCUGGCGAUAGCAACCAUAGUGGAAAAUGACGGAGAGGAAAAAACGGAACCUCCACAAAAAAUCAAAGAGUUACUGAAGGAGUUCCAGGACGUCCUUCCCGACGAUCUUCCAAACGAGCUACCGCCAUACCGAACGCAUCAACACGUGUUCGUGGAGGAACCUGUUUCGAAGCUGACCUUUCGAGCACCAUAUCGGCUCAGCCCUACAGAGCUGACCGACAUGAAAAAACAGAUCAAGUAUCUCCUAGCCAAAGGGCUCAUCCGACCAUCCACUUCACCAUAUGGUGCCCCAGUGCUCUUCACCCCGAAACCGGACGGAAGCCUGCGCAUGUGCAUCGAUUACCGGGCAAUCAACAAGCAGACCAUUAAGAAUAAAUAUUCGAUACCACGCAUCGAUGACCUGCUUGACCAGCUUCGGGGAGCUACGGUAUUUUCCAAACUAGAUCUGCGGUCCGAAUACUGGCAGAUACGAAUGGCGGAUAACUCCAUCCAUAAAACUGCCUUCCGAACUCGGUACGGAUUGUACGAGUACUUGGUAAUGCCGUUCGGACUCACCAACGCACCGGCAACGUUCCAAGCCGAAAUGAAUCAUAUCCAACGGCCACUUUUGGACGAAUGCGUGGUGGUGUACCUGGACGACAUCCUCAUCUACUCACGCGACUUGAAACAGCACGUCAAACACCUGCGACGCGUCUUCGAGAUUCUUCGACGAGAACGAUUCUACAUCAAACCGUCCAAGAGCGAAUUCGCCCUCAAGAAAGUCCAAUUCCUAGGACACACGGUGAGUGCUCAAGGAUUUCACGCUGACCCCAAGAAAAUCGAAGCCGUACGCACGUGGAAGACACCAGAGAACGUGAAGGAGUUGCAGCAGUUCCUAGGCUUCGCUAAUUAUUACAACAGGUUCGUGCCACACUACGCAAAAAUCGCAGCACCACUUACGAAUCUGCUAAAAAAGAACACGCCCUAUAAAUGGGAGCUGAAGCAUCAGGAAGCCGUGGAGCAGCUGAAACAAGCACUCACGUCCGCACCAGUACUCAUCUUGCCAGAUCCCGAACGCGACUACAUCAUCGAAGUUGAUGCCAGUGACCAGGCAGUGGGAGCAGUCUUGAUGCAAGACCAGGGGAAUGGACUGCAACCAAUCACCUACCUUAGUAAAAAACUACAUAGGGCAGAACUAAACUACCCGAUACACGACAAAGAGGCCCUUGCUAUCGUGAUCACCUUCAAAGCAUGGAGAUGUUAUCUCGAAUGACGAAAAACAACUGUCUACACCGACCAC